GUAACAAUGCCGUGAUUGUACUAAUCCCAAAAGCAAGGAGCCUGCGGUGCUGGGGCAAACCCGCUGGGCGGCCGCUUGGCGGCACGACAGAGCCGCAGCCAGAGACGAAAUCUGGAGCGAGCACGUCAGCCCCUCGUUUGGCAUCGCUUUCAGCCUUUAGGGUCUCUCCUCCUCAAAUAUCCGGACGCCAGCUCCCCGCCCCGCCGCCACCCUGCGGAGUCCGACCCACGGCGUCCGGGCUGUUGCCCGGCCUCCCGCCGCUCCCUCCGCCUCCAUCUUCUCUGCGCGCCUGCGCGACCGGAAAAUUCGCGAAGGUUCCUGAAGCGGAACCGGCCGUUUCCGGAAGCCGGCAGCCGCCCCAGCCGUCAGACCGGUCGUUGCGCCAGUGGGGUUGUAAGCGCAUCCUCUUGCUCGUCCCUGUGUUUGAAUCCGACCCGUAACGGUGGGGAAAGAAAAUGGCUCUGCUGUGCUACAACCGGGGCUGCGGUCAGCGCUUCGACCCCGAGACCAACUCCGACGAUGCUUGCACAUACCACCCAGGUGUUCCAGUCUUCCAUGAUGCCUUAAAGGGUUGGUCUUGCUGUAAGAGAAGAACAACUGAUUUUUCUGAUUUUUUAAGCAUUGCAGGCUGUACGAAAGGUAGGCAUAAUAGUGAGAAACCACCUGAGCCAGUCAAACCUGAAGUCAAGACUACUGAGAAGAAAGAACUUUCUGAAUUGAAGCCUAAGUUUCAGGAGCACAUCAUUCAAGCCCCUAAACCAGUAGAAGCAAUAAAAAGGCCAAGCCCAGAUGAACCAAUGACAAACUUGGAAUUAAAAAUAUCUGCCUCCCUAAAACAAGCACUUGAUAAACUUAAACUGUCAUCAGGGAAUGAAGAAAAUAAAAAAGAAGAGGACAGUGAUGAAAUUAAGAUUGGGACCUCAUGUAAAAAUGGAGGGUGUUCAAAGACAUAUCAAGGCCUGCAGAGUCUAGAUGAAGUCUGUGUAUAUCAUUCUGGAGUACCUAUUUUUCAUGAAGGGAUGAAAUACUGGAGCUGUUGUAGAAGAAAAACUUCAGAUUUCAAUACAUUCUUAGCCCAGGAGGGCUGUACAACAGGGAAACACGUGUGGACUAAGAAGGAUGCUGGGAAAAAAGUCGUUCCAUGUAGACAUGACUGGCAUCAGACUGGAGGUGAAGUCACCAUUUCAGUAUAUGCUAAAAAUUCACUCCCAGAACUUAGCCAAGUAGUAGCAAAUAGUACAUUGUUAAAUGUGCAUAUUGUAUUUGAAGGAGAGAAAGAAUUUCAUCAAAAUGUGAAAUUAUGGGGUGUGAUUGAUGUGACACGAAGUUAUGUAACUAUGACUGCAACAAAGAUUGAGAUCACCAUGAGAAAAGCUGAGCCUAUGCAGUGGGCAAGCCUUGAACUGCCUGCAACCAAAAAGCAGGAAGAACAAAAAGAAGAUUCAACAGAAUGAGUUGACGGGGGAAAAAAUGAUUGCCUGUUUCAGAAUUCUUAGUAUGUGGUAAAAUGUUGGCUUGCUGCUGUAAUCUUUGUUGUUGCUGUCGUUGUCGUCAUUGUUGUUGAGUCUGGCAUUUCAGGGUCAACGGUAGGUUCUUAAAAGCCAAAGUCAGGUUAUCAUUUUGUGCCUCCCAUCUUUUUGAGUUACCUAAGGUUGAUUAUUCGUUUCUCCUCACUUGAUAGAACUGUAGUUGUGUCCUGUACUUGAAAAGCUAGAAAACAGCAGUUUCAGUAUUUCUUGGUAUGAUAUUAUGUUUAGCAGACAAGUGUAAAGGAACAUUUGUUUGGUUCACAUCUGUUCCUAUUAUCCCAUAAUUAGUAAAGCCAAGAUGGAAUAUCCGAUUUUUAAUUAGUUUUUUCCAUGAGUUUGUGUUCCUAUAAUACUUGAAAAUCUUUAAGGAAGACAUGAAGCUCUGCAUUGCCUUCUCGGGAAGGUUACUUGCUUUAGAAGGAUUAAUUCUGAGGUAGUGUAGUUUUACUAGUUAAAGAGGACAUAUAUACAUUGAUUAACAAAUUGGAAUUUGUUUGCAACUAAUUAAAACAUCAUAUCAGUACCUUUAUUACUUGCCAAGCGCUAUGAUAUAAAUGUAUCAGAAACAUUAUAGAUAAGAGUAGAGAGGUAUCAAUUUGGUUAAAAUUUGCUGUUAAGACCAAGCAAUAAUGUUAACCAUCUCUUUUCUGAUUUUUUUUAUAAGGUCUUUGUAUGGUGUUAUGACUAAAUUGUACUUGAUUUGUAGCCUACACCCUCUUAAAAUCUUUAAUUAGUUACAUGUAAAGAGAAAUAUAUCUAUAACUUUCCACCUCUGAUGGAAAACUGUAUCUAUAAAACUGUAGACUUAAAGGCUUAUGGAAAUACAUUAGAGUAUCAAAAAACUAAAUAUUUAAGCUUUGCUUUAUGAGAAAUACCUAUUACAUGUUAACUAAAGUAGCUUAAUUCUUUUGGAGUUUUUUUAGGCUUUCAUAAACAGCUUGACAAUUCUAGGUGAUACGAUGUUGAUUAUAUAUUAUACUUCAUUAGAUACAGGUAUCACAGACUUAGAUUGUUUAUGCCAAUUGAACCCAUUAAAGGAUAAUUUACUUUUUGAGGCAGUGCAGAGUUCACCAAGAAAACUAAAAUUAAGAAAUGUUAUGAAGGCCAGAACUUUGGCACAGUUUAAGCAUUUUGGGUGUGAAUUAUGCUUAUGUAGAUUAAAAUGAUUAUUUCCCAA